UCGUCGUGCGCGGGGCCUCCGCGCCCCCGGCUGCCGUCCGCGCCCGGCUCGGGAGGAGAUUUUGUGGAAGUAUAGUACUUUGUCAUUAUGAGAUGUCGUCUCUCGGUGCCUCCUUUGUGCAAAUUAAAUUUGAUGACUUGCAGUUUUUUGAAAACUGCGGUGGAGGAAGUUUUGGGAGUGUUUAUCGAGCCAAAUGGAUAUCACAGGACAAGGAGGUGGCUGUAAAGAAGCUACUCAAAAUAGAGAAAGAGGCAGAAAUACUCAGUGUCCUCAGUCACAGAAACAUCAUCCAGUUUUAUGGAGUCAUUCUGGAGCCUCCCAACUAUGGCAUUGUCACAGAAUAUGCUUCCCUGGGAUCACUCUAUGACUACAUUAACAGUAACCGAAGUGAAGAGAUGGAUAUGGACCACAUUAUGACCUGGGCCACGGAUGUAGCCAAAGGAAUGCACUAUUUACAUAUGGAGGCUCCCGUGAAGGUGAUUCACAGAGAUCUCAAGUCAAGAAACGUUGUCAUAGCUGCUGAUGGAGUAUUGAAGAUCUGUGACUUUGGCGCCUCUCGGUUUCAUAACCAUACCACACACAUGUCCUUGGUCGGAACUUUCCCAUGGAUGGCUCCGGAAGUUAUCCAAAGUCUCCCUGUGUCUGAAACUUGCGACACAUAUUCCUAUGGUGUGGUUCUCUGGGAGAUGCUAACAAGGGAGGUCCCCUUUAAAGGUUUGGAAGGAUUACAAGUAGCUUGGCUUGUAGUGGAAAAAAACGAGAGAUUAACCAUUCCAAGCAGUUGCCCCAGAAGUUUUGCUGAACUGUUACAUCAGUGUUGGGAAGCUGAUGCCAAGAAACGGCCAUCAUUCAAGCAAAUCAUUUCGAUUCUGGAGUCUAUGUCGAAUGACACGAACCUUCCUGACCAGUGUAACUCAUUCCUGCACAACAAGGCUGAGUGGAGGUGUGAAAUCGAGGCAACUCUUGAGAGGCUAAAGAAACUAGAGCGAGAUCUCAGCUUUAAAGAGCAGGAACUUAAGGAACGAGAAAGACGUUUGAAGAUGUGGGAGCAAAAGCUGACGGAGCAGUCCAACACCCCGCUGCUGCCUUCCUUUGAGAUUGGUGCUUGGACUGAAGACGACGUGUAUUUUUGGGUUCAGCAGCUCGUCAGAAAAGGUGACUCUUCAGCAGAGAUGAGUGUGUAUGCAAGCUUGUUUAAAGAAAACAACAUUACAGGGAAGCGGCUGCUGCUUCUGGAGGAAGAAGACUUCAAAGACAUGGGCAUUGUCUCCAAGGGGCAUAUCAUUCAUUUAAAGUCAGCCAUUGAGAAAUUAACCCAUGACUACCUAAACUUGUUUCACUUCCCACCACUAAUUAAGGACUCAGUAGGGGAACCUGAAGAAAAUGAGGAAAAAAUAGUGAACCUUGAACUGGUUUUCGGUUUCCACUUGAAACCAGGAUCUGGCCCACAGGAUUGUAAGUGGAAAAUGUAUAUGGAGAUGGAUGGGGAUGAAAUUGCAAUAACCUACAUAAAAGAUGUGACAUUCAACACAAACCUACCUGAUACAGAGAUUUUAAAGAUGACAAAGCCACCAUUUGUAAUGGAGAAGUGGAUUGUAGGAAUAGUGGAAAAUCAGACUGUGGAGUGCACUGUCAUCUAUGAGAGUGAUGUUAGAACUCCAAAAAGCACUAAACACAUCCAUUCGAUUCAGUGGAGUAGAACAAAACCUCAGGAUGAGGUGAAGGCCGUCCAACUUGCCAUUCAGACAGUAUUCCCCAACUCGGAAGGCAACCCUGGAAGCAGGUCUGACUCAAGUGCUGAUUGCCAGUGGUUAGACACUCUGAGGAUGCGGCAGCUUGCAUCCCACACUUCUUUACAGCGUUCCCAGAGCAAUCCCAUUCUGGGCUCAUCAUACUUCCCAUACUUUGAUGACCAGGAUUCCUAUGCUGCUGCUGUGAGGCGGACCCAGGCGCCCAUUAAGUAUCAACAGAUCACACCUAUAAACCAGUCCAGAAGCUCCUCUCCCACUCAGUAUGGACUGGCCAAAAACUUCUCUUCUCUGCAUCUCAACUCCAGGGACAAUAGCCUUUCCAGUGUUAAUACUGACAGCUCUUCAGAGAGGGGCCGCUACUCAGACAGGAGCAGGAACAAAUAUGAUCGUGGUAGUGUGUCACUCAAUUCUUCUCCGAGAGGCAGAUACAGUGGAAAAAGUCAGCAUUCCACUCCUUCCAGAGAAAGAUAUUCUGGAAAGUUCUACUGGGUUUCUCCGUCAGCACUCAAUACUCACCAGUCACCUGACUUUAAGAGAAGCCCAAAUGACCGCCACCAACCCAGGACCAUACCAGGGAUGCCUUUGCACACUGAGACUGACUCCAGAGCCAGUGAAGAGGAGAACAGAGGGAGCGAAGGGGGAUGGACCAAAGUGGAAUACCGGAAAAAGCCCCACCGGCCCUCCCCUGCCAAGACUAGCAAAGAAAGAGCCAGAGGGAACUACCGUGGUCGGAGAAACUUUUGACAAAUUUGACUACAUGCAUUUUUCUAGCAGG